AUGUCUCACCGGACUUCCGCUACUUCCCUCUAUGUCUCCACCGCUCCUCCCUUCCCGAUCUCCAAAGAUUUUCAAGGCUCUGACAAUCCUAUUCCACUUUCACCGCAGUGGCUUCUGCCAAAGCCAGGGGAGGGAAAACCUGGAGCAGGAGUGGAAAGCCAUGUCAUCUCAACUCCGUCACUUAGCAAUCGCUCAGAGGCUGUUAAGACAUCUGGAAAUGAAGAUGUGCAGGACGAUCAUAAGAGAAAGGAUGUCUUUAGGCCAUCCGUGCUCGACUCUGAAAGUGGACGUCAUGACCGUUGGCGUGAUGAAGAGCGGGACACCAAGUUCUCCAUACGUCAGGAACGAUGGAGGGAUGGAGACAAGGUGUCAGGUGAUGCUCGGAGAGUGGACCGAUGGGCAGAUAACCUGUCGGCAAGGAACUUUGGAGAAACACGUCGUAGUACGUCUGAUAGAUGGAAUGAUUCAGGUAAUAGAGAGGUGAAUUUUGAUCAGAGGCGUGAGAAUAGGUGGACCUCACGUUGGGCUCAUGACGAGAAGGAACCUGAAGUUCUUCAUGAAAAAAAGAAUGACUCUGGUAAAAAUAAAAAUUGUGAUCUGCACCUGGACAAAGGUUCGUCUCACAUUUCCAAUCCUGGUAAGGAUGAAAAGGAAGGGGAUCGUUUUUCGCCAUGGAGAUCUAACUCCUUACAAAGACGUGGAAGGAUAGAGCCUUCACAGAACCAGAAUGUGACACCCAGCAAACAAGUGCCUAUAUUUUCUUCUGGGCGGGGCCGCGGGGAGGAUACACUUCCAGGGGCUAAUCACGGACGUGGCCGCGGGGAGGAUACACUUCCAGGGGCUAAUCUCGGACGUGGCCGAUUUGGCUCUGGGAGCGUGGAGAAGCUCAUCCAUUUAGAUAUAGUUCCUCCUUUUACACAAGACGAACCAUUGGAGCCUCUAGCUCUCUGUGCACCAACUUCUGAGGAACUGACUGUCUUAGAGGGUAUUGACAAAGGGGAAAUAGUUAGUAGCAGUGCACCUCCGGUGCCAAAAGAUGGAAGGAACUCAACAGAGUUUACACAUUCAAGACAAAUGAAGCUUGGAAAUGCAGCUGUCCAAGAUAGAGGUGAAGAUGGAGGUUCUUAUAAAGUAGCUGAUGAAGUGCACAGUAACAGUGAGUCAGCCUUUGAAGAAAAUAGUCCUGUUCACCCUGGUACUGGACGGCGUACCACAUCGCAGGGUGAACAAGCAAGUAGUCUCAUGCAUGAUAGCAAAAAUGUGCCUGGUGAUGUCAGUUCAAAAAACUCAGAUAUGAAGUGGUCACACCAGCCAAAAGAUUUUCGUAGUCAGUGGGAAAAUAAUUUGGACUAUUUAUCUGACACCAGAGAUGUAGCUAAGUGGCAAUCUAGUGAAGAUUCAAUUGUUAAAAGGCAACUACCUGGAUAUUUGGAUGGUGAACUGGAAAGCAGAAGAGUUCCGCAGACUUCUCCAGAGGAGUUAUCCCUUUUCUAUAAAGAUCCUCGAGGUCAAGUUCAAGGUCCAUUCAAAGGAGUUGAUAUUAUUGGAUGGCUUGAGGCUGGAUAUUUUGGUAUUGAUUUACUGGUUCGUCUGGAAAGCGCAGCAGCUGACUCGCCAUGGUUGCAACUUGUUGAUGUCAUGCCCCACUUACGAGCUAAAGCCCGACCACCACCUGGGUUCCCUGUAACAAAACUUGACACUACAGAGGCACCUGUUCGGCAAAAUACCAGUACCUUUGUGAAUAUUCAUACUGGGUCGGGUGAGGUUGAGAGGUUGAGAAAUAAUUCCAUGCAUAGACUGGGUUCUGCCACUGAAGCUGAAAAUAGGUUUUUGGAGUCACUCAUGUCUGGUAGCAAGAGCAGUCCCACACUUGGAAACGUGACAUUUUCAGAAGGAAUACAAGGAUUUAUUGGAAACAAUUCUGGUAAUUUGGGCCCUUCUGGAGUUGAUGGUGUAAACAACCCAUACUUGCUGGCUCAGAGGAUGGCACUUGAACGACAGAGAUCCUUACCAAAUCCUUAUCCAUACUGGCCAGGGAUUGAUGCAGCGUCCCUUCUUCCAAAAUCAGACGUUGUUCCAGAUGCAUCACCACAUUCAAAACUCAUGUCUUCGUUGAGUGACAAUUCUCGACAGUUUCAGUCCCAAAAUUCUGAGUUGACCUCAGUUAUUCAAGGAUUAUCCGACAGGGCAUCCACAGGCUUAAAUAAUAGUGUUGCCGGCUGGUCAAAUUAUCCUCUGCAAGCUGGAUUGAAUCCCCUUCAGAAUAAUAUUGACUCGCGUCAUGAUCAAAAUUUUAUACCAUUUGGAACUCAACAACAAACAUUUCAAGCACCGAACCAUUUGUCUUUAAAUAACUUAAGAGCUCAAACUGCAGAUAACCCAUCUAACAUUUUGGCAGCAGAGAAGUUGUUUUCUUCCAGUUUGUCCCAGGAUCCCCAGAUAGUGAAUAUGUUGCAACAGCAAUACUUGCUGCAGAUGCAUUCACAGGCAACUGCUCCUGCACAGCAGAUGCCUUUAUUAGAUAAACUCCUAUUUUUGAAGCAGCAGGAGGAGCAACAACUGUUAAUGCACCAACAACAGCAAAUGCUUUCUCAUAUGCUGCAGGGGCACCAGUCUCACCAGCACUUUGGGGGUUUAUCUUAUGGACAGUUGCAGGGUGGUGGAAUACGAAUGGGGAAUUUGCAUGUGGAACCUUCUCAACGUCAACCACCUCUUGAAAAUUUUCACAUGAGUUCUCAGAUACCAGUUCCUAGUGUGCAUGAUGAGCUUAGUACCAAGUCUUUGAAUUUAUCUCAGCAAGAAAGCCAAGAUACUAGCUAUAAUAAAAGCACUGAAUCUGUGCAGCUGCCUCAUCAAUUUUUUGGAAAUAUUAGUCAACAUAAAAGUUGGGACACUGCUCUUCCUGAACAAAUUAAUGAGAAGUACCAGAAGGAAACAUUGCCCGCAUCAGCUUCUGUUGAAACUUUCCUAUUGCAUGAGCAGAGUAGAACCACGGAAGAGCCUAAUAUCACACAGAAACCUUUUUCUGCUUCUGACUGUACUGUUAAAUAUGUGGAGCAGAUAUCAGAUGACAAUGGUAGGACUGAUGGUACUCUUCUGAAUGCAAUUUCUGAGUCUGGUGAGCAUUCCAAACCUGCGCUUUGUGUUGCACCUGUUAUUGUAGUGUCUUCGGCUGCAUCACCACUGGCAGGUCAGGUGGGUUCAAAUGUGUCUUCGGCUGCAUCACCACUGGCAGGUCAGGUGGGUACCGAUGUGGAGGUUAAACCAGAUGAGCAUCUAGGUGGAAGAGUUGUUUCAAAUGUUGAGCCAUCUGUGGCAGAUGUAAGAGAUAUUGAACUGCGUGAACCCAAAAAGGCUACUGAGAAGAAAUCAAAGAAGCAAAAAUCUUCCAAAUCCCAAUCUUCUGGUCAAGCGAAAGGAUUGCUAAAAAAUGUAACUUUGCAGAAGUCGAAGAAUUCAGAAUCUGAAAAGCCAAAUUAUAGUGAAAUCAAUUUGAAGGAGGUCAAUAGGGAAGAAGAUUAUGAAACACAUCUCAAACAAACAAGCGGCGAGGACAGUGUAUCCAGAACUUCUAUCACAAAUGCAGUUCAUCAAGAAGUUAGUGACCUCCCUGCUAAUAUUCCAGAAAGCAUCACUGAGACAUAUGUUGAGAAUGACUCGAAGUCAAUUAGUCCUGUUGCCUCCCAUAGUACUGAAUUGUCUGCAGGGAGAGCUUGGAAGCCUGCUCCUGGUUUCAAGGCGAAGUCUUUAUUAGAAAUUCAACUGGAAGAGCAGAAAAAGGCACAGACAGAAAUACCUGUAAUUGAGGCUGCUACUACCGUCAAUCCCCUCAGUGUGACUACUCCCUGGGUUGGAGUUGUGGCCAAUCCAGACCCUAUCAAGGUGUCUAGUCAAAAUCAUAAAGAAGCAGGCAAUACCGAAAAUCUGGGAAAAACGAAAACUUCUCAACAUAGCAAGAGCAAGAAAAGUCCAUUACAUGAUCUAUUGGCAGAAGACAUAGAGAUUUUUAAUGAAAGAGAUGGCACAGGUCUAGACAGUAUAUUAUUCUCACAAUAUAUAGCUGCCCAUUCAGAACCAAUAGAUGAAGGAGAAUUCAUUGAAGCUAAAGACACUAGAAGGAGCCGGAAAAAAUCUACAAGAUCAAAGGGUUCAGGGUCCAAGAUCUCAAAGCCAGUUGCUUCUAAUGAAACACCAAUAAGUUCAAGUCCCAUUGAAAAGGGAAAAAGCUCCCGGUCUGUGCAGCAGGAGAAAGAACUGCCUACCAUACCUUCAGGACCCUCUCUGGGAGAUUUUGUUCUUUGGAGGGAAGAGCCAACAAGCCCAUCUCCUUCUCCAGCUUGGACAAUUGAUUCCGGUAGGGUUCAUAAACCACUGUCAUUAAGAGACAUUCUAAAGGAACAGGAGAAAAAGUCUUCUGCAGUUCCCCCAAACCAAUUUCCUACUCCUCAGAAAUCACAGCCUGCCCAAACUGCUCAGAGUAGUGGUCCUUCACGGACAAUUUCAGCUCCAACUUCAUUAAAAGCUGCAUCUUCUAGCCACAUAAACUCCGAAGCUUCUCAUUCAAAAUACAAAGGGGAUGAUGACAUGUUCUGGGGUCCAGUCGAGCAAUCUAAGCAAGAAGCUAAACAACUUCUAGGAAAACUUAUUACUUCUAUGCUGCCUUUGGACACUGUCUCUCUAUCCAAGAGCAUUUGUGUAUUUAGAAGCGAUACUAACACAUGCAACAUUAGGUCAAAUUUCUCUCAGCUUGCAAGCCAGGGGAGUUGGGGUUCAAAAAAUGUUCCCAUGAAAGGUAAUUCAUCUGGAUCAUUAAGCCACCAAAAAUCAGGGAGUAGCAAACCAACAGAGCGAUUGCUGUCAUCAUCACCCGUCUCUUCUCAAUCAUCGCUGAAAUUAAAAAAAGAUGUCAUGACUAGGAAUUCUGAAGCCAUGGACUUCAGAGUUUGGUGUGAGAAUGAAUGUGUGAGACUUAUUGGGACAAAAGAUACAAGUUUCCUUGAAUUUUGCUCGAAGCAAUCAAAAUCUGAAGCAGAGAUGUUUCUGAAAGAAAAUCUUGGAUCAUAUGACCCUGAUCAUGAAUUCAUUGACAAAUUCCUCGAUUACAUGGAGUUACUACCUUCCGAAGUUUUGGAAACAGCUUUUCUGGCUCAGAAUGAUCGGAAAGUUGCUGGAACCGUGUUAUCUGGAAAUACAAAUUUACAGAAUCUGGGACAGGCAGAUGGUUCCCCCUCAAAAGGUGGAAAGAAAGGUAAGAAAGGGAAAAAGGUCAGCGCCGCAGUUUUGGGAUUCAAUGUCGUAAGUAACCGGAUUAUGAUGGGUGAGAUCCAGACGGUAGAAGACUGA